UCCUUCUGCCACGGCCACUCCUUCUGUUUUUUAGACUCGAUGCUUUUGGUACUCUUUCAUCCCCCCACGUCUUUCUCGCCUUUUGUUUUGGGUUUAUUUUCCUACCUUUGUUUAUUAUUCUUUGUUUUCUCGGGGAAUUGGGUUUGGAGCCCAUAGUCGUGAAAGAGCAGUUUUUAACAAUAUAUCACUGGAGACGGAGACACUGUAAAGGAUGCCCGCGGGACGGACACCCAGGGAGAGCAUGAGUGCCACCGAGGAUGAAGAUGACGACCAUGUCUUUGCAUUUGACAAGGAUGAAACAUUCCGACGAAAAGGACCAUGCAAUGACUCGGCUUGUGAGGACUUGAGUGGAAUAGACUCUGAUGCUUCUUCCAGUACGGUGCGGUGGCGACCGCCUGUCCCCAAUGGUCAAUCAAACCUAAACCCAGCCGUCCGCAAGAAGAGCACAACAAUUGCCGAAACCCCAAGCAGUAUACUACCCUCUUCGCCCUCUGAGGAAGACACCGCAUCAACUUUAGAACCGCGUCUCUCCUUUGCAGAACCUGCCGAUGUCUCCCAAGUCGUUGAUAUUCACAAUUUCACAGCAAUUACGUCUGCAGAUACGCCCAACUCUGUUUAUCGGCGGAAAGUAGGACUUUCUGACUUUGAUGUUGUCAGUGUUAUUGGAAAAGGGGCGUACGGAAAGGUGUUUUUGGUUCGCAAGAAAGGUGGCUUACAUGCCACGCAAGGCAAGAGCGAUCUCUACGCAAUGAAAGUAUUGCGAAAGGCUUCGAUUGUUCUCCACGGUAAAGAUGCGGAGCACACUCGGAAUGAGCGAAAUAUUUUGGAAGAAGUUCAGCACCCCUUCAUUGUCACACUUCACUACGCCUUCCAAACUGAAUUCAAGUUGUACCUGAUUUUGAGUUAUGCAUCGGGAGGCGAACUCUUCACGUACUUGGCCCAUGAAAAGAUGUUUGCCGAAGAUGUAGCGUGCUUUUACAUUGCGGAGCUCUUACUUGCCAUCGAGCAUCUCCACGAACUCGGUAUCAUCUACCGAGACCUCAAACCCGAAAAUGUUCUCCUCAACUCCACCGGCCACGUCCUGUUGACUGAUUUCGGGCUCUCUAAAGUUGCGUUGGAUGCGCGGACCGUAUGCGGCACCAUUGAGUUUAUGGCACCCGAAGUAUUGGACGAGCACCGACAGGAGGGAUACGACAAAGCCGUCGAUUAUUGGAGUCUGGGCGUGAUGUUGUAUGAUAUGUUGACGGGAUCUGUGCCAUGGAAGGGCAAUCGCAAGCAAAUCAUGGACGGAAUCUUAAAGAAGAAAGUAACCUGCCCGAAAUACAUGACUGCCCAUGCACGCGAUCUUUGCACGAAGCUCCUGCAAAAGAACCCUGGAAAGCGACUCGGAAGCGGUCCAAAAGGCCCUGCUCAGGCCAAAGAACACCUUUUCUUUCGCCGGAAUAAACUAGACUGGCAAAAAUUGGCUAAAUUGGAAGUUGCUCCGCCACUUGUGCCCAAAAUGUUGGAUCCAGAGGAUACCUCAAACUUCGAUGAGUGCUUUACCAAGAUGCCCGUAGCGGAUUCGCCUUCUGAAGCUGCGUUUGAUCAUUUUGCAGGAUUUAGUUAUGUGGCCGAGAGUGCUUAUCUCGGAUAGUUUGUUUUUGGUGGGCAUUCGUUUUUGUUCAGUUGUAAAGGACUGCGAAUACGCAGUGUACAUAAGGUCGUAAUCAUAAUAUAUUCUCGAAUGGAUCAAUUUGGGACUGAUUUUGAGGGGAA